CCCGCGCCCGUGUCGCCGCCGUGCCCGCGAGCGGGAGCCGGAGUCGCCGCCGCCCGAGCGCAGCAGAGCGCAAGCCGAGCCCGUCUGUCGCCGCCAUGGCCACCACGGUGACCUGCACCCGCUUCACCGACGAGUACCAGCUCUACGAGGAUAUUGGCAAGGGGGCUUUCUCUGUGGUCCGGCGCUGUGUCAAGCUCUGCACCGGCCAUGAGUAUGCAGCCAAGAUCAUCAACACCAAGAAGCUGUCGGCCAGAGAUCACCAGAAGCUGGAGAGAGAGGCUCGGAUCUGCCGUCUUCUGAAGCAUUCCAACAUUGUGCGGCUGCACGACAGCAUCUCUGAGGAAGGGUUCCACUACUUGGUCUUUGAUCUGGUCACGGGCGGGGAAUUGUUCGAGGACAUUGUGGCCCGAGAGUACUACAGCGAGGCGGAUGCCAGUCACUGUAUCCAGCAGAUCCUGGAGGCGGUUCUGCACUGCCAUCAGAUGGGCGUCGUCCACAGGGACCUCAAGCCCGAGAACCUGCUUCUGGCCAGCAAGUGCAAAGGGGCGGCCGUGAAGCUGGCGGACUUCGGCCUGGCCAUCGAGGUGCAGGGGGACCAGCAGGCAUGGUUCGGGUUUGCCGGCACGCCAGGCUACCUGUCCCCAGAGGUCCUGCGCAAGGAGGCCUAUGGCAAGCCAGUGGACAUCUGGGCAUGCGGGGUGAUUCUGUACAUUCUGCUGGUGGGCUACCCGCCCUUCUGGGACGAGGACCAGCACAAGCUGUACCAGCAGAUCAAGGCGGGAGCCUAUGACUUUCCAUCUCCUGAGUGGGACACGGUCACUCCUGAAGCCAAAAACCUCAUCAACCAGAUGCUGACCAUCAACCCCGCCAAGCGCAUCACAGCCCACGAGGCGCUGAAGCACCCGUGGGUCUGCCAACGCUCCACGGUGGCCUCCAUGAUGCACAGGCAGGAGACCGUGGAGUGCUUGAAAAAGUUCAACGCCCGAAGGAAGCUCAAGGGUGCAAUCCUUACCACCAUGCUGGCCACAAGAAAUUUCUCAGUGGGCAGACAGACCACCGCUCCGGCCACAAUGUCCACCGCGGCCUCCGGCACCACCAUGGGGCUGGUGGAACAAGCCAAGAGCUUACUCAACAAGAAGGCUGACGCGGGGAAGCCCCAGACAAACAGCACCAAGAACAGUGCUGCUGCCACCAGCCCGAAGGGGACACUUCCUCCGGCUGCCCUGGAGCCUCAAACCACCGUCAUUCAUAACCCCGUGGACGGGAUCAAGGAGUCAUCGGACAGCACUCACACCACUAUAGAGGACGAGGACACGAAAGCACGGAAGCAGGAGGUCAUCAAGAUCACCGAGCAGCUCAUCGAGGCGGUCAACAACGGGGACUUCGAGGCCUACGCGAAAAUCUGUGACCCAGGCCUGACCUCGUUCGAGCCUGAAGCGCUGGGCAACUUGGUCGAAGGGAUGGAUUUCCACAGAUUCUACUUCGAGAACCUGCUCGCCAAGAACAGCAAGCCCGUCCACACGACCAUCCUGAACCCGCACGUGCACGUCAUCGGGGAGGACGCCGCGUGCAUCGCCUACAUCCGCCUGACGCAGUACAUCGACGGGCAGGGCCGGCCCCGCACCAGCCAGUCCGAGGAGACGCGCGUGUGGCACCGCCGCGACGGCAAGUGGCAGAACGUGCACUUCCACUGCUCGGGCGCGCCCGUGGCGCCGCUGCAGUGAAGAGCUGUGGCCGGCUUCGUGGGACAGACUCAGUGUUUGGAGCCCGGCCGCCCUCCCGCGGCCUGCCUGUCGCAUGUUUGUGUCUGCCUCGUUCCUCCCCUGGUGCCUGUGUCUGCAGAAAACCAAGACUGGAUGUGAUUUCUUUUUAACAACAAGAUGACAACAGCCACCAAAAAAAAAAAAAAAAAAAAAAAAA